UUCAAAACUUGGCCUUGAUGAGUUUUAUGAUGAUCUUGUGCAUCAGUCUAUACGUCAAUUGCAUUGAUAUUCCUGAAAAAAGAAUAUUUGCCCAAAGACCUAAAGAUUUCAUUAAACGAAAUGGCACCCGUUUUUUUCUAAAUGGGAAGCCACACUACUUCAACGGAUUCAAUGCAUAUUGGCUAAUGACUUUUGCAGCCGACCCAUCUACAAGUUCUAAGGUCACUGCAGUUUUUCAACAAGCUUCCCAACAUGGUUUAAACUUAGCAAGAACCAUGGCAUUCAAUGAUGGAGGUUACAGAGCCCUUCAAACUUCACCUGGUAUUUACGACGAGAAUGUUUUCAGGGCAUUGGAUGCUGUGAUAUCAGAAGCAGGAAAGUAUGGGAUACGAUUGAUUCUAAGCCUGGUAAAUAAUUGGAAAGAUUUGGGUGGAAAGAAUCAGUAUGUUCAAUGGGCAAAACAACGUGGUCAGAACGUAAGCACUGAAGAUGACUUCUUCUCUAACUCCAUGACUAAGCAAUUCUACAAAAAUCAUGUCAAGACAGUGCUCACAAGAAAAAACACAGUGACUGGAUUAUUCUACAAGGAUGACCCCACCAUUUUUUCGUGGGAGCUCAUGAAUGAACCUCGUUCUUCAGACUUUUCCGGGAAACAAGUUCAGGAUUGGGUGAGUGAGAUGGCUGCUUAUGUGAAGUCCAUUGACAACAAACACUUACUGCAAGUAGGGCUUGAAGGGUUUUAUGGUAAUUCAAUGCCAGAAAGAGGACUGAUCAAUCCUGAUGGAUACCAUACAGGAACCGAUUUCAUUUCUAACAACCUAGUUCCUGAAAUCGAUUUUUCUUCCAUUCAUGCUUACCCUGAUGAAUGGAUGGCGCGGUUUAACCAAUCACAUCAAGAUGUCUUCACUGAAAAAUGGGUUAGCACGCAUAUUGAAGAUGCAAAAAAUGUUGUACGAAAGCCCAUUCUUCUUACGGAGUUUGGGUUAAAUAAAGCAUUUCGAGGAUACAGCAAUGGUAAAAGGGACCGAUUGUAUGCAAAAGUUUACAAAUGGGUAUACGGCAGCGCUAGGCAGAGGGGAGCAUGUGCUGGUUCAGCUUUUUGGCAACUAUUUGUUGAAGGAAUGGAUAACAUGGCUGAUGGUUAUGAUAUCAUCUUUCAACGGAAUCCUUCCACUGCCAAAAUCAUCGCCCAACAAUCUUUAAGGAUGUCUCGUAUUCGAUAGUCAUAUGUCGUAUUUCUCUUUAAAUCAAAUAAAUGAUUAUCGUCUACAAACUAUAGC